AUGUCCCGUGAAAAUAUUUCGAUCCGAGAGGACGGUUUCGGAUUUGUCCCCGAGUACACACUGACGAAUAAGCACAAAGCAGUUGUCCGUUUGAUAUCCUGGGGUGCCAGUAUCCAAUCGAUUAAAAUCCCUAAUCGAGGUGGCAAACUGGUCGACGUUGUUCUGGGAUUCGAUGAUAUGGAGGGAUAUUUGAAGAACAGAUACAUGGGAAGCAUUAUUGGCCGUGUCGUCAAUCGCAUUUCCGGCGGUCUGAUGAGUUUCAACAACGUAAUCUACCCUUUGUCGAUUAACGAUGAGACCGGAAAGGACCAUUUCAAUGGCGGCAUAGUCGCGUUCGACAAUGUUAAUUGGCAGUCGCAGAUAGUGAACAAUCGAGUGGGAUACCCCGGUGAUUUGUUAACGCAAGUUAAGUACACCUGGACGAAUGAUAAUCAACUUCACAUUAACAUUCGCGCCACUGCCACGAAGCCGACUCCUGUCAAUGUCACUAAUUACUGUCUGUUCAAUCUUGCCGGGCAUCAUGCAGGUCCGAAAGAAUUGAACGAGCACGUUCUCACGGUCAACGCCGACAGUUGGACUUUUACGGAUGUGCAGAACAACUUGCCGACUGGUGUUAUAUCUCCGGUCGACUGUACAGUAUACGAGUUACGUUUACCGACCCAGUUGAACCGUCGCCGAUUAUACGAGGUACCGGGUGGCGGUUACAACCACAAUCUGUGCAUCAAUAGCCCCAAUUACUGGUGUUAUCGUUUUCACGCUCGAAUUUUACAUCCUACUUCCGGACGAUUUUUGGAAAUUUACUCGAACCAUCCGGGAUUGCAAGUCUACACGGGCAAUGAACUGUCGGGUCCUGAACGUGUUAAUCCCCCUGAUUUGCAAGUUGAUUCUUUCGAGUCGGUAAAUGUAAAAUUGAAGCCUUGCCUUGGACUAAUGACGGAAGUCGAGAUAAGAAAAGCCGAGCCAAUUUAUGGCAAAGGAGGCCUCCCUUAUCACCGACACGGUGGAUUUGCAUUGACACCCCAGAAUUACCCCAACGCUGUUAAUAUCGGACAUUUUCCAUCAUGCGUCUUGUAUCCUGGCAGGAUGUAUAUACAUGAUAUGACGUACAAGUUCGGAGUGCUUUCCGAAAAUUGA